AUGCCUUCAGAUCGCGAGUCACUCACGGAGGACGAGAGACACAUCCUCCGGACCUACGGCAGGCUCCCACGACAAGGUGUACAGCAAUCAAAGGGACGGCAAUACUUUGAUUCCGGGGAUUAUGCACUUUCUGCCGCCAGUAAAGCAGACGAUAGUGGUCUUACACAAACCGGCACGGCCCAUCCUCUACGUGAAAGCAUUUCGCGCCCCUAUGCCCCAGUUCCUACUGCUAGUAAUAUCAGCAAGGAUGCAUAUAAAGACAUUAAUGUUCAAAAGAGCCCGAGUCCAGAAAUAGUGGAAAGUCCUCUUCACCAGAGAACGAACGCUGGAAAUAACAAGACUGAAGGCAAUGAAGAUGAACAACAGGCCACAGCCAAGGCACUGAACAUGACCGACAACACAAGGUAA